AAAAUAACAGACUGGGUUUUCAUUUGUCAAGUCAAAUGCCUCACCAGUCUUCAUCUUCCUUCUCCUUGCUAUUUCCUACCUAUUUCUCUUGCGCAUAUUAUCAAACACCUUGUGCCAAUUACCCAAAACUGCUGUUGGAUCCCUAAACUUCAGCUAACGAUGGCUCGUUUCAGAUUUCUCUGUUAUCUUGUGUUGAUUCUGAUUUCUCUUGUUCUUCCGCGCCUUGAUGCUGCUGUAGUUGAAGAUGAUCUCAAGUGUUUAGAAGGUUUAAAGAAGUCUUUGGAAGAUCCAGCUGGGAAUCUGAAUUCAUGGAACUUAAAAAAUACUACUAUCGGAGCUAUCUGUAAGUUUACGGGUGUUGAUUGCUGGAAUGACAACGAAAAUCGCAUCAACCACCUCAUUCUUAUGACUAUGAACCUCGGAGGGAAGGUUACGGAGGCUGUACAGUAUUGUGCCAGCUUGACAACCCUUGAUCUCUCUGGUAAUCGCUUUUCUGGUCCAAUUCCUUCUCAAAUUUGUACUUGGCUACCUUUUUUGGUAACCCUAGACUUGUCCGGUAACGAUUACUCCGGCCCUAUCCCUGCUGAACUUGCUAAAUGCACCUUUUUGAAUAAAUUAUCGCUCAGUGAUAACAAGCUUACUGGAAAUAUUCCCCCUGAAUUUUCUAGUUUAGGUAGGCUUAAAAGUUUUUCUGUGGCAAAUAAUCAACUCUCCGGUAGAAUCCCGGCAGCUUUCGAUUCUUCUAACUUUAAUUUUGAAGGAAAUAGUCUCUGUGGUGGACCUUUGGGGAAAUGUGGAGGACUAAGUAAGAAAAGCUUAGCUAUUAUUAUUGCAGCAGGAGUCUUUGGUGCUGCUGCUUCUAUGUUGUUGGCUUUUGGUGCGUGGUAUUGGUUUUUUACCAAGUCUGGAAAGAGGAAGAGAGGGUAUGGAGUUGGGAGAGACGACUCUGAUAGUUGGGCUGAUAAGCUGAGGGCUCACAAGCUCACUCAGGUUAUGCUGUUCCAGAAACCGCUCGUCAAGGUUAAAUUAGCUGAUUUGUUGAUUGCCACAAAUGGUUUCAGGACGGACAAUGUUAUCAACUCAACUAGAAUGGGUACUACUUAUAAUGCUGUGUUACGUGAUGGUUCUGCACUUGCCAUUAAGCGGCUUAACACUUGCAAACUGAGCGAGAAGCACUUUCGUGAUGAGAUGUAUAGGCUAGGACAACUUAGGCAUCCUAAUUUGGUGCCACUGUUGGGGUUUUGUGUUGUGGAAGAGGAGAAGCUUUUGGUUUAUAAACACCUGUCAAAUGGUACUUUGCACUCAUUCUUGAAUGGGAAUGCAAGUGAACUGGAUUGGCCUACUCGGUUUAGAAUUGGUUUCGGUGCUGCUAGGGGCCUUGCUUGGUUACAUCAUGGUGUCCACCCACCUAUCUUGCACCAAAACAUAUGUUCUAAUGUUAUUUUCCUCGAUGAAGACUUUGAUGCUAGAGUAAUGGAUUUUGGGCUGGCAAGGUUGAUGACAUCAGAUGCAAAAGAGUCUAGUUAUGUGAAUGGGGAGUUGGGUGAAUUUGGCUAUGUAGCUCCAGAGUACUCUAGCACAAUGGUGCCUUCACUGAAAGGGGAUGCUUAUAGUUUUGGGGUAGUGCUUUUGGAGUUGGCUACUGGGCAAAAACCUCUUGAAGUUACUGCUGGUGAAGAGGGAUUCAAGGGUAAUUUGGUAGACUGGGUGAAUCAGCUCUCUGCUUCAGGUCGCAUUAAAGAUGCAAUUGACCAAAACAUGCGUGGGAAGGGGCAUGAUGAAGAGAUUGUGCAAUUCCUAAAAGUUGCUUGUAAUUCUGUGGUUUCUCGGCCCAAUGAUAGGUGGUCUAUGUAUCAGGUUUAUGAAGCACUUCAGAGCAUGGCUGAAAAACAGGGUUUCUCCGAACAGUAUGACGAAUUCCCGUUACUAUUUGGCAAAGAAGGUGCUACUAGAAGCCCUGUUUGAAGCCGGAAUUGCGAAAUUAUUACUAAAUGUUCCACUCCAAAUGAACAUGAUGCAUCCUGUUGUAAGUUUUCUGUUCCUAUUGGUGUAAGUGGCAUGGCACUGUUUUGAUUGGCUCAGAAGUACACCCUUUAAAUAUUUCUGUAUUAUAUUUGCAAAAUGCACAAAUCAUUCUUAAGUAUUUGCUUGCUUGAUAUUUGUAGUAUAGGAAGCAACUGAUAAUUAUUGUUCAUGUUUGUGAUUACCCAUUGCCUAUAGCAUUAGAUGUUAUGUAUUCAAAGGAUUCUCAACUGGACGUCUCAUUUACUGGAAACUGGUCUAUAUUACUAUUUA